AUGGACAACUAUACCUUGCUGUCCUUGCACACUGGGAACCUCAAACCUCCCGACUCAUCAUCGUCCAUCGAUCGCUCGCAGCUCUAUCUGGGGGUCAUCGGUGUCCUUAGUGUGAUAUACUUGCUCCAAACCUUGGUUGCAUGCACAAAGUCCUUCAAGGCACCUUUCGUGGGCUUCCGAUCCUCUUUUGAGCCGAAAUGGCUGGUGGGACUACGUUUCUCCCAGGGCGCUCUGGCGCAGGUCAACGAAGGAUAUGAAAAGUACAAGAACGCAAUGUUCAAGAUCGCCCGCAACGACUCGGAUAUCUUGGUCAUCCCCAACAAGUAUGUUGAGGAACUGCGAUCCCUGCCCGACGAGAAGAUCAGCGCCAUCCGCGCGCACAUCAAGAAUCUCCUGGGGAAAUACUCAACCACGCUGAUCCUCCUGGAGAGCGACCUGCACACGCGCAUGUUGCAGACCAAGUUGACCCCCAAUCUCGGCUCGUUCAUCGAAGUCAUUGAGUCUGAGCUCCACUUCGCCAUGGAGAAGGAGAUCCCAGCGGAUCUGCAUGACUGGCAAAACGUCAACGUCUUCCACAUCGUCCUCCGCAUCGUCGCUCGCAUUUCCGCGCGGGUGUUCCUGGGCGUCCCGGCCUGCCGCAAUGAGGAAUGGCUCCAAACCUCCAUUCAUUACACCGAGAACGUCUUUGCGACAGUCAUGCUGUUGCGGCGUUUCCCCAAGUGGAUGCACCCGAUCGUGGGACACUUGCUUCCCAGCUACUGGGCUAUCCACAGUAAUCUGCGGACAGCGAAGCGUAUCAUCAGUCCCAUGGUUCGCCAGCGCCGGGCAGAGGAGGCAAAGGGGGACCCUACUUAUGAAAAGCCAAACGAUCUCCUCCAGUGGAUGAUGGACGGAGCUAAUGAAAACGACGGUCAGCCCGACAAGCUGGCGCACCGUCAGCUCCUACUGAGCCUUGCUUCCAUCCACACCACGACCAUGGCGGCGGCUCAUUGUUUCUACGACCUCUGCCAGCAUCCCGAGUACUUUGAACCUUUGCGCGAGGAGAUCAACGACGUGAUAGCCCAGGACGGCGGCUGGAAGAAGACCACUCUCAACAAGAUGCGCAAGCUGGACAGUUUCCUUAAGGAAAGCCAACGCAUCAACCCUCCCAGUUUGUUGGCAUUUAACCGUAUUGUCUCGGAAGACCUGACUCUCUCGGACGGCACCCUUCUGCCCAAAGGAACGCACUUCAGCAUGCCCUCCGCGGCCAUUCUCCAGGACAACGCCGUGGAGCCCGAUGCCGACCAAUUCGACGCAUUCAGAUACUACAAGAAGCGCCUUAACCCCGAGGAAGCCAACAAGCACCAGUUCGCCAUGACCGACAACAACAACCUCCACUUUGGGCACGGCAAAUACUCGUGUCCCGGCCGCUUUUUCGCCUCCAAUGAGAUCAAGAUCAUCAUGGCACACCUUUUGACCGACUACGAAUUCAAAUACCCACCGGGCGCGUCGAGGCCCCGGAAUCUAACGGCCGAUGAGAAUCUGUAUCCAGAUCCAUCGGCACGUCUCCUCAUGAGAAGACGGAUGGUGGCUGAGGGGCAGGCGCAGAUUACACCUGAGAUAGUUUUGGUCUAG